UUCCCGAGUGUGAAUUUCACGCCGCGGGUCGGGCUGGGGCUGCAGGCGCCGCUGCCCUCGCGAUGGAGCUGCCCGCCGUGAACCUGAAGGCGAUCCUCCUGGUUCACUGGCUGCUGACAGUCUGGGGCUGCAUCGUGUUCUCCAACCCCUACGCCUGGGCCAACUUCACUGUCCUGGCCUUGGGGGUGUGGGCCGUGGCGCAGCGGGACUCCGUGGAUGCCAUAAGCAUGUUCCUGGGUGGCCUGGUGGUCACCAUCUUCCUGGACAUCGUCCACAUCAGCAUCUUCUACCCAUUGACCAAACUGACGGACACGGGCCGCUUCGGCGCCGGCAUGGCCAUCCUCAGUCUGUUGCUCAAGCCACUAUCCUGCUGCCUCGUCUACCACAUGUAUCGGGAACGUGGCGGGGACCUGCUGCACCCAGGGCUUCUCAGCUCUUCACAGGACCGAAGUAACUACCAGAGGAUCGACUCACCUGAGUCCCCCCUGGACCCCUUUGCAGCGAGGGAGGGCACGGGCCACAUCCCCUAAGGAUACUGAAGCCCCUACUGGGUCUGGCUUGCCAACAGCCAGUCAGAGACUGCAGACAAGGCACCAUGGCCUUCCCAGCACCUUGACCUUCGUUCUGGGGGGGGACCUGCUCCCUAUUUCUCGGACCUCACAGAGAAUGUGACCACCCCUUAGUUGGUCUGGAAGGGACCCAGGUCUCCCCAGGACACUUCCCUGAGAGCUGCCAAUCCAGGGUGCGACCCCUGCACUGUUCUGGAGCCCCUGGGACUGGAGACAGGCCAUACCAGGCUCACCACUCCCCUUUGCCAUGCUGAGCCCCACUGAGCCCCACUAUUGCAUUAAAGAUGGGGGUGCA